CGGCGAUCGUGCGGGAGCGCCAGGGCGUUGGGGUGCGGGUGCGGGUGCAGGUGGAGAGGACGCGUGGCGCAGUGGGCCCUCUCGGAGCCCCCUGGGAGGGCGGGAUGGAGGCGGCCGGGUGAAGGAACCUCGCCUUUGGGGAAUGAAUGAAGAGCUGGGAAAGCGCCUUCCGACUCCUCCGGGCGAAUGGAUUGGCCGGCGUGCGCGCGCGUGUGUGCGUGUGUGUUUGGGAUUCGGAGCCGCCUGGGUCCUGGGCGCGGCUGCCUGGCCGCCCCGUCGCGGUCCUGGUGCCCACGUUGCCCGCCCGCCCCGCGCCCUGGCGUGGCCCUGGCGGCUGGAGAGGCCGGCGGAGACACAGGAGGCGGGGGCUCGGUUGCCGGCUGCUGGCGGCUGGACGUCUGCGCCUCGCGUAGGGAGGCUCGAGAAGCAGGCGGCGAGGCUGGGGCUGAGGCUAGCUCUCCGGGGGCCCCCCGUUUGCCCCGUCCCCCGCGUGUUCACACCGGGUGAGUUGAUGGCGCGGAGUUUGGGGGAUGAAGUUGUGUUCUCAGGAAGCCCCAGGACGCCCCGGGAAGGGAUUUGGCGCGGCGUUCAGUGAAGCGGAGCGGGGGGGGGGGGGGGGGGGGGGCUCCGCUUCUGGGCUCCUCCGUAGUGCCCCCCAGCCCCUCUUUAUCAGGGGCAGUUGCCAUGAGGGCAGCCAGCCCACGGAGCAGAAAGGCACCUUGAGGGCAUGUGCACGCCUGCGGGGCCCCGGAGGAAACCCGGGUUUGGAGAUUUGCCCGAAGUUCCUCUAGGACCUUCCCACCCCGCUCUCCAUCCCAGCCUUCCUGCCCCCCCCCCCCCCCCAUCCCUUGGAAAAUCAGGAAUCCUCCCUUACAGAACGUGGCACUUAGGGGUUUUACAAACUGAAUGUUGAACCGGGAUGUUUUGAUUGCUACCUAAACACAUUGGAGUCAUACAUGCUUUUGCUUAAAAUAGCGUGUGCACAAAAAUAUCUUUUAAUUAGGUGGUUUUUAUCAAAUAAGUUUUUCUCUACAAUACUCCUGGAAGAUUGGCAGGAAAAUGUUCUUUUUGCCUCGUCCUGGACGAGGAGGCUGAGCCAGCAAGGUGAGGCUGCUUGCCAUGGUCUCCCUCUCAGCGUGGGUUUGAGCCAGAAGUAGAGCUGCGGGUCUGGGCUUCCCUUCAAGGUCCCCAGGAGAACCGUCUCUAGGCUCCCGGGAAGGAAAUUCAACAGCGUCUGUCUUUUCUGAUCAAUGCAUGACUGCAGUGAGCUGGCUUGUGGGUGAAGCAAGCACCAUGAAUUCAUCCAGAGCUUGUGGUGCCCGAACCACGGUCUCGGCCAGGGAUGCCAGCACCGUCGCUGUGGCUUCUGUGCAGGCUUCUCUUUCUGUACCUUUCUCUCCUCUGUUGCUGCUGCCCCUGGCCAGGAGAGGCCAGGCAUUCGGUUUUCUACCUGCCAGAAAGAGAGAAGAUUAAUCCCUGCAUCUGGAAGAGGCAGUGUUUGCAGGAAAGGUUGGGAGAGGUUGGGAAGUGGAUUGUGUUUAUUUGGUGUUUGGAGAAGAGUGUAAAAGAAACUCCAGGUUAACCAGCUGGGCCACAGGAACCUCAGGCCCUUUGAACCUGCACUAUCAGAAGCUUUAGAUUAGUCUGGGCUGUGAUUAGAUUGUGGUUGUCCAAGGCCAUGCAGGACCGAGCUGGAAAUCGCCCUUGCAAGUGCAGGGGGAGGAGAGGAGGGAGAUUCUGGGGCUGCCCUGAAUGGGUGAACCAUGCCCCACCUAUAGGGGGCAGCUUUCACUCGGCCUCGGCCAGUUGGAAAGAAACAGACUUGGCGGGUCUUGUUUGUUUUCAGGAGAAUUCUCAAGCGUGGACCUUCAAGUGUGGGUUCUCAUUCUAGAAGUGGAGUAAAAGGUUGGGGUGGUUGUAUUGCCAGGAGGUCUGAAGUUUGACAUCUGGCCCCGUGUCCUACCAUCAGGGAGAUGUGAUACAUGUGCGGAGGUCUGAUUUCCUUCCCGAGAUGCUCCUCCUUUACAAUAAAGCCGGAGAAGAUGACCCAUGUUUUCACAGCAUAAAACAAGCUUAAAGGUGGCAGUUAUCUAGUUAGUCUAUCCCGUCUAGGUAGCUAGGAAGAAAAGUAAAGGCUUUGUGUUGAUUUGGGCCAGUACAGUUUUUUUUUUUGUUUUUUUUUUUUAACAUAUGGGGGCUGGGGAGGCGGACAUUUGGUCACAACAGCUGUCACUGGCUGGGUCCCCACUGGUUCCCAGCUGGCCCUGUGCCAGGCAGGUCGGACAGGUGUCCCCCUUUGUCUCUAUUAGAGGGCGGGGGGAGGCUGCUUGAGAUCACACAGACCGAGCUUUCAGCCACCCAGGUGUCCAGGAGGAAGGAUGAGGAACGACAGCGGGGUCUGGAGGGAAAGAAGACAGGGUACAGGGUAAAAACUGUGGCUUCCCCAGAAGGGGAAGGUGGGUGUGAAUCAGCAAGUGCUACGUUAGGGGGAGGUGGCCCUGGAAAGCAGGGUUUCAGUCUCUGCUGGCUUCCAAAGGGGUGUGAGGAACCUCAGGCGUUUCGGCGGCGAUGAUGGGAGGCAUUGAUGCAUCGCCCCAGGUGUGGGCCCAGGGCCAAGUGCGCUGGGUUGGGGCUGGGGGGCGGGGAGGGGGGGAAGCACACAGCCAGGGCAGCACCCAAUUAGUGGGCAAGGCAAAGCUUGCACAAGUUGGUUAUGUAACACCGCUGGCAGGAAGGACAUGGUUAGCGGCUCUGAGGUCGCAGUGGUCUGGAGUGACUUCGGGCCGCUGUCUCAUACGUGAGUCGACACCUGCCAGGUGCUCGGAGCAGGGCCUGGUGCACAGGAAGGAAGCACUCUUGUAUACUCUUGAGUGCUGGAGCUCAUAACCAAGGACAGAGGACGCCUCUGAACGCCCGGAAAUUGCGUGGACGACUUUUGAUGAAGAUGGUCGGUGUGUGUAUUUCAGAAGGGGGCGCACGAUUUCAACAGAUUCUGCCUUCGCACCUCGUAAGGCCAGGAGCCCCAGGACACCUUAGAUCCUGUAGUUCCUGUUCAGGUUUUCUUUGGCUGGCUGCUUUACCUCUCGGGCCUGUUUCUUUGUGUGUGUGUGUGUGUGUGUGUGUGUGUGUGUGUGUGUGUGAGCAGGGGCCGGGUAAACGGUCACUUUGUGACCCUUUCACCGGACACCGUGGGGAGGCCGUGGGUCAGUUCGGCUGUGUUCCCCACUUGUCACAAUGAAGCAGAGGGCAGAUCAGGCAGCGCUCGCCGGAGACGUGCGGGGACAGCUUGCUUUCGGAUGUUACAUCUUGAGCCCCACCGUAAGCUUCCAAGAGUCCUGAGCAGGCUGGCAGGGGCCUCGUUGCUGGCCCAGGGCUCCCCCUGACACCUAUUUUAUGUUUCUAGAACUCGUCCUGGCCCCGGCCUUUCGGCUCUCGGAAGAAAGGGAGGUUGGCAGAUCAUCAGGAGUAGAGGGUGUCAUUAUAAUGGAAACUUGGACACUUUCCAGAAUUGUGUUUGUGGUGAAAAUAUUGAAGCAGGCAGCCUAGUCACCCAGGUGCCUGGAAACUACCCCAACAUGGGCAAAUAAUUAGAUGCAGACCAGGCAUAAUUAUUUUUUCCUACAUUGUGCUGGAACCUGGUCUUUUUACAUUUUCUCUUGAAAUGGGAUACCCUCCUUUUGAUUCGUCUGCUCCCUGGGGUGGAAAAGACAGUGGUGGUCUGGAGCAGGAGGGGAAGACCGUGAGGGGUGGUGAUUCUGUCCCUGCCAGGGCAGCCCCGGGUCACGGGGGAACUUCUGUCCUGCUCUGCUGUGCCCUUGCGGGGACCCGCCCCGAGGGCCUGGGGCGUCUUUGCUCUCAGGUUGGAACCUGCAUCCCAGAGUCUGAGAGGUCUGCAGAAGUGCAUUCCUGUCUCAUGCCCUCGAUGGAAGGGGCCGAGGAGCUCUGUCUGCCCCUCGUGACACCUGUUUACUCACACACGCUGAUGGAAGUGAACUUCAGCCCCUUCACAUUUGCAGCGAAUCAGAUGUUUGGUGCCUCCAUGCAGACGUUCUUUUAGCCUGGGUGUUGAGUCCCUUAGAGACCCUUGGCGGGGCAGCACAGGGGGUGGGUGAGCCUGGCACCAUGCUGACCAGGGUGGGAGUCCCUCCUGUGUUUCUUUUUUUUCUUUCUAAUGUUUAUUUAUUUUGGAGAGGGGGGCAGGGACAGAGGAUCCGAAGCAGGCUCUAUGCUGUCAAUAGCAAGCCCCAUACGGGGCUAGAAGUCAGGAACCAUGAGAUUGUGACCUGAGCUGAAGUCAGAGGCUCAACUGAAUGAGCCACCCAGGCGCCCCAUCCUUUGUUUCUUUGCUCCUUUACCGUAACCUUGAGCGACUGGCCUCCCCUUCUUCUGCCUCAAUUUUGUCUUUGGUAAAGGGGGUUAAUGAUUUCUACUUUGUAUUGUGUUUUGAGUAUUAGAAGUAGCACAAUUUAGGGCUCCAGGGAGCUCCCCAAAUUGAGCCCCUCUUCCUGGACAGCUUCUGAACCGAGAGAGAGAGAGAGAGAGAGAGAGAGAGAGAGAUGAGUGGAGAUAAAAAUGUGGCAUCUGUCCUCGACUGAAGCCUACGUUGGAGAAUGUGGCUGAGCUGGCGGGCAUGGGGGGCAUCGUAGUCCCGAACUGAGGGCGCCCCCCCCCCCACCAAGUCAUAGGCAGAAUGGGGAAGUUGCAGCUGCCCCGGGGGCAGCCCCCACCUCCCCGGGCAGCUGGUGGGGUGGCAGGUCUGCUCUGGGUGAGAAAAGGCAGGACUGGGUCACUCACAUCCAGAUCCUUGUUCCACGCUCCUGGGAUAGUGUAGAUACCACCGGCUGCAGACACACAGGCCGAGUGCCGUGCAUGUGGGAGGAGACGUCAGGAGCGAGCAAGACGAGUCCCUUGCUGACAUCCAGUAGUCAGUGUGGAGCCCGGGGCCUGGCCCUUGGUGGGGGCUGACAGAUGGUGUCCAUUAGGGCAGGGGGGCAUUGAAGUUAGGCAGCAAGGCCUUGUUGGCUACUUGUAUCUACAGAGCGUGGGAGUGAUCGCCACAGUGAGUAAAUGAUUAGCCGUGGACCCCGAGGCUGCGUUCUAAACCGUGAGGCAGUUCACAAGGAGUGGAUCUACCCAGGAUCCUCCCCUUGGUUGGGACCAGCUCCUCCUCGGACGCUGCGCGCUGUUACGUCAGGACCGGACUCGGUUGAGGCAGCAGGAACCCUCUGGCCCUCCCCAUCGCCAUCUUGAAAAGAGCAUCUUGACCGAAGGAGUGUCAGGCCUCCCUCUGCUUGGGAACUUUUCCUUCCUUGGGCUCCAGGGAUGCUGAGCCGCACGUGGGAGAGGAAGCGAGGCAGGGAGACGGUGUGAGGAGAGAGCAACCUUUGAUAUAGACACGCUUGACACUCCCACUCAACGGAUGUGAAAACUGAGGCCCGAGAGGUUCAUCCUGCCCCCGUUCUGGCAGUUGGUGGUCUGACAUUUUAAAGGUUCUGCUCCCCCUGAAGAGGAAACAUUUGAAAGGAACACGAGAUGUAAAAGAAGAAAUCUUCACGGGCGUCUCCAAGGAUGGAAUGCCAACCCAUCCCUCACUGAGACCAUGAUCUCUUCUCAUCCCUUGGAAGCUUCCGUGUUCUCCAGCGAGAAUUCUUCCCCUGUAUCCUGUGCCAUGGGAAAAACCUGAAGGGCAGGCAGAAUUGUUCCCAGACUUGGGGAUUUUUCUGAGGUUUCAGCGGCUCUUACGGGACAUGACAAUUGGAGAUCACUUCUUUUUGUUGUCUUUCAGAGUCGAACCAAAGAAGGCACUUCCUCACUGUCUAGUGCUUUGGCUCCUGCUCAUUUUUAUAUUUGUUUCCGUUGCUUGUGCCUUAAAACCAUCUUACGUAACCAGAAGACAUCCUUAAAAAGUGUUCCAGCGCGACUUGCAUGCAUCUGGGCUCCGCAGGGGCUCUCCCAUGGCUCUGUGGGCCAGCAGUCCAAGGGCAUUACCAUGAGGCACUGCAUUAAUUGCUGCAUACAGCUGCUGCCCAACAACGAGCACAAACAGCAGGUUGGCUGCGGAGGAGGCCCCCUUCACAGUCACCUGGAGUGCCCCGCGUGCAAAGGAGAGAACAAAAUUGUGCUUCGUGUGGACGGUAAGCAGAUGAACUUGCUUGCUGUUCUCGAGGUGAGGGCUGAGGGCAAUGAGAGCUGGGGCAGGUUUCUGCGCUUCAAGAAGGGGAAGCGAUGUAGCCUGGUUUUUGGAUUGAUGAUCAUGACCUUGGUGAUGGCAUCUUACAUCCUUUCUGGGGCCCACCAAGAACUUCUGAUCUCCUCACCUUUCCAUUAUGGAGCCUUCCCCAGCAAUCCCAGCUUGAUGGACGGUGAAAACCCGAGCGACACGAAAGAGCAUCAUCACCAACCCUCUGUAAAUAAUAUUUCGUACGUGAAAGACUACCCAAGCAUUAAAUUAAUUAUCAACAGCAUCACAGCCAGGAUAGAGUUCACAACCAGGCAGCUCCCAGACAUAGAAGAUCUCAAGAAGCAGGAAUUGCACAUGUUUUCGGUAAUCCCCAAUAAAUUUCUUCCAAACAGCAAGAGCCCCUGCUGGUACGAGGAGUUCACGGGUAGGAACACCACCGACCCCUACCUGACCAACUCCUACGUGCUCUACUCCAAGCGCUUCCGCUCCACCUUCGACGCCCUGCGCAAGGCCUUCUGGGGCCACCUGUCCCACGCCAGCGGGAAGCACUUCCGCCUCCGCUGCCUGCCGCGCUUCUACAUCAUCGGGCAGCCCAAGUGUGGCACCACCGACCUCUACGACCGCCUCCGGCUGCACCCGGAAGUCAAGUUCUCCGCCAUCAAGGAGCCCCACUGGUGGACCCGGAAGCGCUUUGGAAUCGUCCGCCUGAGAGAUGGGCUUCGGGACCGCUACCCGGUGGAAGAUUACCUGGACCUCUUUGACCUGGCCGCACACCAGAUUCAUCAAGGACUGCAGGCCAGCUCUGCAGAGGAACAGAGCAGGAUGACUAGGAUCAUUAUCGGGGAGGCCAGCGCGUCCACCAUGUGGGACAACAACGCCUGGACGUUCUUCUACGACAACAGCACAGAUGGAGAGCCGCCCUUUCUGACCCAGGACUUCAUCCAUGCCUUUCAGCCAGACGCAAAACUGAUUGUCAUGCUCAGGGACCCCGUGGAGAGGUUGUACUCCGACUAUCUCUACUUUGCAAGUUCGAAUAAAUCUGCUGAUGACUUCCACGAGAAAGUGACAGAAGCUCUGCAGCUGUUUGAGAAUUGCAUGCUCGAUUAUUCCCUGCGUGCCUGCGUCUACAACAACACCCUCAACAAUGCCAUGCCUGUGAGACUCCAGGUCGGUCUGUAUGCUGUGUACCUUCUGGACUGGCUCACCGUGUUUAAUAAAGAACAGUUCCUCGUCCUUCGCCUGGAAGACCACGCCUCCAACGUCAAGUACACCAUGCACAGGGUCUUCCAGUUCCUCAACCUCGGACCCCUAGGUGAGAAACAAGAGACCCUGAUGACAAAGAGCCCCGCGUCCAACGCGCGACGUCCCGAGGACCGGAACCUGGGCCCCAUGUGGCCGGUCACCCAAAAGAUCCUGCAGGACUUCUACGGGCCCUUCAACGCCAGGCUGGCCCAGGUGCUCGCCGACGAGGCGUUCGCCUGGAAGAAGACCUGAGGGUCGGGGUCCCCCUGCGGUUUCCACUGUUACCGUGAUUUAAAAAUCUCUCUUUGGGGGGCGGGGCCCUCUUCCUCAACAGCGUGGAGAAAACCCCCAGAUGAUUCUUCUUCCCCUCCCUAGGCACCUGUUUAGUAUAACCGUUUGUGGUGUGAAACAACCUGGCAACUGACCCUUCACGGGGCUCCGCCAUCCCGGGCCAUUGGAACCUCCACCUGGGAACCGUUCCCUCCUGCGGCACAGUGGCCGGGCCGCGGGGUCCAGGCGGGGGUGGGGGUGGGGCGGGGGGCACCAGGCGGGCUGUGGGGGGGGCGGGAAGGAAGCGCGGCUGGGGGCUGACAGUGUGGGAUCCGAGUGAGCGCACUGGAGGUCACGUCGCCACGCCGGAGGUCGCGCCAUCACGCUAGAGGUCACGCCGCGACACUGUCCGAGUUACACUUCCGUUCGGUCCUGAAACACCGGUCGGGCCGAUACCUUCAUUUGGGCAGAGCGUGGAGACAGACGCUUUCCUUUUUUCUCUUUUACUCCGAGGUCCGCCCUUUCUUCUCUUCAGAUCUGAACCUUGUUAACUUCACUUUUACGAAAGAGAACAAAAAGCCCAAGCACAUUCAUCUCGGACCCCUCCCAUCCUGUCCUGGUGUUUCUUAUGUUUCACCAGAACACGAAUGUUUCCGGCGAACCAUUCCUGCAUUUCACCAGCCGUAGCUCCUUUUCUGCCACUUUUGAGGGCUUCUCAAGAGCUCAUGCAGUUUAUAAUCGGGAUACAAACUCAGCUUAUAAUUAGAAGGGAAAUUUCUGCUUUAAUGCCACACCGAGCAACUUCAAGGAAUUGAACUCUCUGGGAAAUCUAGGUGUCCUGGACCCUCACGCACACGAGGUCGUCAGACCCGGAGGGUGUGUGAACUUCUAGCUGUGGCCACAGAAGGGCCCCGUCGCUCUGCCCGCCCCCUGGAAUCAGCUCCUUGCCCACACUCUCCGCCACGUGGGGCCAGAGGCCCUCCCCGUUUCCGCAAACUACAAGACACGUGUGUCCCGAGGCAGAAACAGCGAGCCACACGUGGGUGUGCUGCGAUUCUUCAUGGGACUUUCCAGGCCGCUCGACCGCUUGGCCCACCAACGGAUGGCCUCCCGGUCUCGUCGUUUCUCGGAGGUGAUGGGGAGAGACUGAAGAGGGGGCUGGAGCCCCGGGUGCGAACUCGGGGAAGCUUCGCACCGGAGUGUUUGCAAGGUGAACCAGAACCUUCCGGGCAGGGUCCCCUACACCAGAGUCAGGAAGCGCAAACGUGCAGGUGCCCGGCCAUCACGCGCAGACGUGAGGAUCUGCUCAGCUCUCCAGCCCCGGAGCCGUCACCUCUCUGCCAUCAGAGGUGGGAGGCACAGCCCUCCGGGAGGCGCGGGGAGGGCCUUACGGCCGAGCUGUUUCUGCUGCUGAAGACCCGCUUUCUGGGACAGCAACCCCCCGCCCCCAUCUCUCACGGCCGGCCGGCGCGGCGCUCGGAGCAGCGGCCGGCAGGGAGUCUGGCCGGAGCACAAGGGAGCUGCGGGGAGAUCUCACUUUCAGCGUGUGUGUGUAUUUAUUCGCCGUGGGGGGUGAUGUGUGCGCGUGCGUGGGUCCGUUCUCUGAGUGGGUUCCCUUCCUGUUGUGUCGCUGAUGAGGCGCCCCUGCUCUGGACGCGGCCCUUCCGUGGAUUAAUUUCCCUGCCAAUUACCUUGUCGUCUUCGGUACGUGUUUUGCUGUUCCACUCCAGCCAUAAUUACAACACAGGAUUUUUCCUACACGCUCCUAUGCAUGUGAAUAACAUGCAGUGUAAUUCUGCUUCUUACAGAAGUAUUACUGGAGGUCUUAUUUCCAAUAUUAUUUGGUUUAUUAUACAAAUCUUUUUAUAUACGCAGGCCCAGCCCUUCCGUGCCAAUCUGUGCCAUCCGGACAGUCUCUCUCAAGGGGCCUUUCUCCAGAGGGCAUAUCUGUUGCCUUUGCUUUCUCACGUUCAGGCCCGGGUCCCCUUGACAGUGCAGGUGCCGUUCCGAGCGGCGGUCCUGGGGCUUGUCAUCCAAAACCAAAGUGAAACGGAGCAUUUCUCAUGACCUGGUAUUGAAGUUACUUUGUGUCCCCAAAGCUGUAUAUCGGAUUGUACUCCAUUGUACGCCCUUAGUAGUGGAAGGUAUGUUAAGUGAACCAGUUAUGCUGUGUUUUUAUUAAUAUUGAACAUAAUUAAAUGUGGACCCCUGUGACCGGUCCCUGGGAAUGCA